AUGCAAAAUCAAGCCCAACAAAUUGGAGCGAUGCACGAGCGACUCCUGUCCAUCGAGCGCUAUUCGCGUGAAUACAACCUAAGGUUCCACUACAUCCCGGAGUCUCCUGGGGAGGAUUGCCGUCAGAAAAUUGGAGAUAUUUUAACUGAGCAACUUAAAACGGAGACGACUAUAGAAAAUGCGCAUCGCGUAGGCCCAAGCAUCACCAACAAGCCGAGGGCGAUAAUUUGUAAGUUUAUUUACCGUCCUGAACGAUUUAAAGUGCUUCAGAAGAAACGUGACCUUCAGAACAUUGUCAGGAUAACCGAGGAUCUCAUUUAGAAAGAUCGGGAGAAAAAGAAGAAGCUAAAAGAUGUCAUAAAAGAGGCAUACGAAAGUGGAAAGAAGCCACGUUUUCAUCGUGGGAAAUUGUAUAGAGACGGAGCUUUGCUCAAAAAUUCAUACAUGUCUUGAUCAUUGUUAGGUUAGUUAGUAACUAUAACGCAAUACGCGAGAUUGGAAAAUUUUUUAAAUCUGCUGAAUGAUUAAUAACUCAAUUGAUCCAAACCUAAAUCUUCAAUCCUUCAAUGAUCAUGGUAUAUUUACAAUAGAAGAGAUAAACGAGCUCUCCAGUGUAGUUAAACCGUAUCUUUUGGUGUUACAUCUGAACAUUAGAAGUUUGCGUAAACAUUUUGAUGAACUAUGCAAUCUUCUAGAUUCCACUCCCCUCAAAUUUAAUUCAAUUGCUUGCAUAGAAACAUGAAUAACUCCUCAAGCCGAUCCGAAUCAACUUCAAAUAUCAGGAUACAACAUAAUAACAGAAAAUCGUAUUUCCUCAAUGGGUGGCGGAGUUGCUUUAUUUCUUAAAGAAGAUGUUGACUAUUGUCUAAGAGAGGAUCUAAGAAUCGAUGGAAUUGAGAAUAUUUGGGUGGAUACGCAAAACUUGAUAAUAGGCGUAAUCUACAACCCACCUAAUAGGUCCCAAAGGCAAUUUCUUGAUGAAUUUGAGCAACUUUUGCACACCAUUUAUUUGUCUAAGCGCAAGUGUUUAAUACUAGGUGAUUUUAACAUUAACACGCUUUCUAAGAGCAUUAUACCGAAAGAAUACCUUAAUCUGAUCCAAUCAGAGGGUUUUAAUCCCAUGGUAUCCGAAGCAACGCGUAUAACUGAGACAAACAUUAGUUGCUUAGAUCAUAUCCACUCGAAUUUUGUGACUUCAAGUACAAGUGGAAGUAUUGCGGCAGAAAUAGCUGAUCACUUGCCA